AUGAGGAGGAAAAGGCAGGCACCGGAGGAAAAAGGCGGUGAACGGCGGUCGAGGAGGAAACGGCGGACGCGGAUGGAGAAGGAGGACGCGGAGGCGCAGGGAGGACUAGGCGGAGCGGGGAACAGGAGGAAACAAGGCGGCAAAGGAGGAAAGGAGGAAAAGGCGGGACACGGCGGAAAAGGAGGACCACGGAGGCAGCGGCGGCGCGGAGGCAAGGAGGCCUGGCGGAAAACGGAGGAAAAUGGAGGGACAGGAUGCCACCGGCGGACAAGGAGUAAACACAAGGCAGGAACCGGCGGACACCGGGCGGAAACAGGAGGGCCCGGAGGGACAGGACAGGAAACAAGGAGGCCAGGAGGACAAGGGGAACAAGGAGAAGCGGCGGACAAAGGGGACAGGCGGAAAAAGGAGGGACCGGCGGCCAAGGAGGACAGGAGGGCACCGGACGGCAACAGGGGCAAGGAGGAAAGGAAGGCAAAGGAGGAAAGUGCGGAAAGGAGGAAAGGAGGAAACGGAGUGUACCAGGAGGGACAGGAGGGACAGGAGGCCACCGGGGUGAGGCAAAGGGGAGGCAAAGUGGAGGGCGACGGGGCAGGAGAGGACAGGGAGGACACCGGAGGCAACGGCGGAACGGCGCACCGGAGGAAGCGGGCGGAGCAGGAGGGCGAACAGGCUGACAAGGAGGAAACAGGAGGGGCAAAGGCGGCCAGGGGAGGCACAGGCGGAAAGGAGGACCUCGGAGGCACCGGGCGGCCCGGAGGAACAGGAUGGAAAAGGCGGGCACAGGAGGCACCGGAGGAACCGGAGGAAAGGGAGGCCGCGGGAGGAGCACCAGGAGCUGCGGAACCGGUCGGCCAGGGAGGCACAGGAGGAAACAGGAGGGGAAAAGGACGGGAACGGAGGCACGGAGGACACGGGGCAGAGGCGGGAAAGGGAGGACAAGGCGGGACGCGGAGGCAGAAGGCAGGACGAGGAGGACAAGGAGGGACUGCGGAGGAGCAGGAGGACAAGGAGGAACGGGAGGAAAAGGGGCAAACGGCGGAAAGUAGGACAAGGCAGGGACAAGAGGAGGACCAAGGAGGAAGCGGAGGCUAA